GAAAUUCCACACGCCCAUUUACCCUUCCAAUUUCAUCUGAAGAAACAGCAAUAGCUACCGGAAAAAAUGGGGGUCGAUUACUAUAACAUACUCAAGGUUAAUCGUAACGCCAGUGAAGAAGAUUUGCGUAAAGCUUAUCGCCGGUUAGCGAUGAUUUGGCAUCCUGAUAAGAACCUCGGCACCAAUAAGUACGAGGCGGAGGCGAAAUUCAAGCAAAUUUCUGAAGCUUAUGAUGUUCUUAGCGAUCCACAGAAGCGUCAGAUCUACGAUCUAUACGGUGAGGAGGCGUUGAAAACGGGUCAGGUGCCACCUCCUCCAAGAGGUGGACCCCACAACAUGCGGAAUCCUCAUCCUAAUCCUUCGUUCCGGUUUAAUCCCAGAGAUGCUGAAGAUAUUUAUGCCGAAUUGUUUGGGGCAUCGUCGUCGGAGAAUACUGGGAGGGCGAGGAAGACUCGAGAUGGGUUUUUUAGGAGUACCACGAAUGGAGGGGCUGAGUUUUCCGGUGCUGGGAACUCCGGUACCGGAGGGUUAAGAAAGGCUGCGCCGGUGGAGAAUGCAUUGUUGUGCAGUUUGGAGGAUUUGUAUAAAGGGGCCAAGAAAAAGAUGAAAAUUUCUAGGACUGUUCUAGAUGCUUCCGGGAAGCUUCGAACUCUAGAGGAGAUAUUGACUAUCGAUAUUAAACCUGGUUGGAAGAAAGGAACCAAGGUAACUUUUCCUGAAAAAGGAAAUGAGGAACCUGGUAUCAUUCCAGCAGAUCUGGUGUUUGUAAUCGAGGAAAAACCUCAUCAUGUCUAUGUGAGAGACGGUAAUGACCUUACUGUCAAUCAAGAGAUUUCACUUCUUGAAGCUCUCACGGGGAAAACACUGGAGCUGACGACGCUGGAUGGGAGAAACCUCAUUAUGCCAUUGACUGACAUUGUCAAACCUGGGCAUGAGAUAGUAGUACCAAAUGAAGGGAUGCCAAUUUCAAAAGAGCCUCGGAAAAAAGGAAAUCUGAGAAUCAAGAUAGAUGUUAAGUAUCCAACAAGGCUCACAGAAGCACAGAAAUCUGACCUCAGGAGAGUUCUUGGCCAGGGGUGACCAUAUGAACAUAGGUAUUCAGAUUACCAGGGGUGACCAUAUGAACACAGGUAGAUAGUGCAGCUGUUGGAUGUAAAUAUAGGACAUGUUUAUUGCUUGCAAUUGGAACUGUGAAUACUAGGAAGGUCUAGUAGUUUCAAUGUUUUGGGACAACGGAUUUUAUUUUUUUGGAGUUCGGGUAGUGGUGGGAUUAAUUUUUUCAUUGGUCAGGGACAUAUCCCUCCACAUUAUUUGGUCGAUAAAAUAUAGAUGGCGUUAAUGCAAGCUCUUCCCUUCUGUUGCUUGUGAUUUUAGGUCAGAUUAAGACAGAAAUGCACUAGGAUCUUGCAUUCUAGUUGGUUCAAUGUUUGAUUAUGUUCAGUAUAUGUUGACAUUGAGCAAGAUUUAUGUUUUUUCUCCCUUGAGAAAAA